UCAAGUGUGUCAUGUUGAUGUUUGUUGUGAUUACGAUUGAUUUGCCUCGUAUAAAUAUAAACGGCUUGGAAGGGAUUUAUCAUUGCGUUUCUAAUACUAAAAGGAUAAGCGUUAAACAUUGAAUAAGCAUUAAGGAGCCAACCAAAAUGAGCUAUGACCUAGAUUUGGAUUUGGACAAUAUUUGCCGAGUUUGCCUAACUCAAAACGAGAAGCUCGUUAAUCUCUUCACGAAGCAGAUUGUGGACGGAUACAUUAGGACGAUGCCUGUUAUUGUUCAAUACUGCUUGGAUAUUACUGUUGACGAAAAUGACAUUUUACCAAAGAAAAUCUGCGAAAAUUGUAAAGCAACCAUAAUCAAUUAUUUCACAUUCAAGGAAAGAUGCAAGCGAACCGAGAAGGUUCUCCUGGAAGCAUUGCAAAAAAUUCAGAAAACCUCAAAUACUCUUAUGAAUUCCGAAGAAAACCAGAAUCUACUUCAAACCGACAAUGCGAGUUCAGAGAAAGAUGCUGAACUUGUUUUACUAGGAGAUAUCUCAGAGAAACUGGACCAACCUGAUCCUGGUGAGCAGAAUGAAACAGCAAUGAGUGAAGAUCCCGUCAUCGCUGAUUUUACAGAACAAAUGGAUGUUAACUUGGUUGAUGAUGAUGCAAUCGUUGAAGAAAGCUUCGUUGAAGGGAAUGAUGAUCAAAAAACAAUCGAGUUUAUAGUUGAUAUUCCGGAGGAUACUGUUCGGAAGAAAGACUUUGACUACGUUUCCAGAGAAAACUCGAAUGAAAGUGAAGCUCAAGAAGAAGAGGAGGAAGAGCAUUUGUUAGAUGAAAGCCUCGAGGAUAUUCUUGAGGGUAGUGAUACGGAGGAAUUUUAUUGCGCUUUGUGCCAAAAGUUCUGCAGGCACAAAUACAUAGAUCAUUGUCGAAACUACCAUUUUUUGUGUACAGAAUGUCUCCUUGUCUUCGACACCGAGGAAGAGUUGAAGGAUCACAGAAAAGCGGAACAUGAGUUUGUUACUUCUCUACAAAUGACUAGGACCAAAAAGCACAGUGGCAAUUCGUUAUUGUGUCAAAUUUGCAAUAAGCGAUGGGGAACUGCCGAUCAGUUGAAUCAACAUAUGAAAUUACACCAAGCUCUGGAGAUUUCAAUGGAAAACAAGUUCAAUUGUCACGAAUGCCGACAAUGUCACACGGUUUACCUGAAGUCCGAGGAUUUGGACGAUCACAUGAAUGUGCACGAUAGUGCGAAAAGCUUCCACACGGACGACCCAAUUUGUACCGACUAUCAAUUUCUUGAAGAAGUGAAGCCGCCCGGUCAGUUCACAUGUGGAUUUUGUAAAGCAACUUAUGCUAGUAUGGAUCAGAUGCGAUGUCACAUUAUCAUACAUUUCGAUUCAUUCUCGUGUCCUUUCGAUUCAUGUGGAUGCGAAUACGAUACAUUUUCGAGGUUGAGCCUGCACAUUAUGAAAAAACAUGUUUACGGGGAGGAGCACUUUUGCACCCAUUGUCGAAAGGAACGUUUUGCUACGUUCGAUGAAUUGCAAUUGCACAUUCGAAACGAUUGUACUGCGAAGAAGUUUUCAUGUCAUCAUUGUGAUAAAAAGUUCUUCUCCAAUAAAGCGCUGCAGUUACACAUAAAACACGCUGGCGAUAAGAAAUACGAAUGCCAACAUUGCGGAAAGACUUUUGCUCAGCAUGGUGAACUGAAUAUACACUUGCGAACGCAUACAGGAGAAAGGCCUUUCAAGUGCACGAUUUGUUCAAAGACCUAUAGGACGGCUAGUAUGCGUGCUGCCCAUAUGGAUGCUCAUAUAAACGGGAAGACGUUCCAGUGCACUGUUUGCUCGAAAAUGUUGCAGAGUAGAACAAGCUAUAGGAAUCACAUGAGAAGACAUACUAUGGGGAAGAGCUAUAAAUGCAGCGAAUGUAGUAAAAGUUUUUAUACAAAAUAUCACUUAGAUUUACAUACAACAAAAAUACAUAAUAAAUCAAGAGAAGUCAGAAGUUAA